UGCACCGACUCCAGCAGGCAAGCACCUAGCAACUUGCAGAAAAACAACCCAGAAACGCCUUCAGCCGAGCCUUUAGCUACACGCAAACACGUAUUGACGUCACGCGCAGGCGCAUCGGCAAUUAACAUGGCGGCGCUCUGCUGGUGCUUUUAGUCAGCGCUUCUUGUAAAAAUAUAAUCCCGGAACAGGCCCUUUAUCACGGGAAUUGUCCCUGGGUAUUUUAUCAGUGUAUUUAAGCAGGGGGAUGUCGAGUGGCAAUGAUCUGAAGGGGAAGAGUGUGGAACAACUGCUGGAGAUCCUAGAGAGACAAGAGAAGCUCGUGAAUAACAGGAAGUUUCUUGCCCGACUGCCUGACAAAGGAAAAAAAAUUUUGGAGUUUACUGAAAAAGUGCGACUUGCUAUUGCAGAGAGUCAGGCGUUGAAAAGAACAGGAGAUCUUAUAGCUGCAUUCAAAGGGGACUUCCAAGCAGCUCAAACCAGGGAAAAUAAGACCAGUGAAAAAGUGGAAGUGGGUUCACCUUUAAAAACUUGGGCACUUAACACUCAUUUAGCUGAAGAAACGCUCAGCUCUUCUCAAAAUAUAAAUAUUGUUGCUGGUCCACAAAAUCCCACUGAAGAACCUUCUAGAUCUUACUCUAUUAAGACUGAAAUAACUGCAGACCACAAAGAUGAUCUUACCUUCAAUGCUGACACAUUGGCUAAUGAUUUAAAGAACAUUCAUAUUAAAGAUGGUGUGGAAGAAACAAACCGGAGUGCACCACCAACAACAUCAUCUAUGCAGGGAAUAAAUCCACCCUUUUUAAAUGCAGCAAAGACAAAACUUCACUAUGUUGAAGUACUAGAAAACAGAGCACAUAGGCCAAUUAAAAAAAAGGAAAAAUACAUGCCCAGCAGGUUUCCAUCAGGUUCAAAUAGUUCCUCUGCUAGCCAGUCACCAGGAGGAAGGGGACUUACAAUUUCUGCUGAAGAGAGAAGAGCACAGGAUAAGAAACACUUAAAUGAUAUCACAGCUGCAAGUUUUCCACCUCUUCAUCAUGCCCCUGCCCAGUUACUGCCAUUAGAGGAGUCCAUAGCUCUCCAGUUAGCACAGAAUAAGACUUAUGAGGAACAGCAAGCCAAGCUAGCAGCAGGAAAACUUAUGGAGAGGAUGAACAUAAAAAUGGUAAAAUCUAACCCUGAAGGGGAUUCCUACCUGAAAUACAGAGAUCUGAAAGAUGAUGAUGAAGAAGAUACAUAACCGGAAAGACCAAUUGGCAUAUAUAGAUAUACAGUGAAACCUCAAUUUUACAUCCCCUGAUUUUAAGUUUUCCCUUAUUUUACAUAGUUGUUUUGUGGCCCCAUCUAUAUAUUAUUCAUAAUACAUUUCCCUUAUUUUACCUUUUUCCUGGAUUUUUACACCAUUUUUUUUCUGGUCCCCCAAAAAAUUUAAAAUGGGGGUUCUACUGUAUAAAGCUGCUCAUUUGAAGCACUUCCUUUAUCACUGUGUAAUAUAAGUAUUGGUGAAACCUAAUCACAUGUAAAAUACAGUAUGCACUUGUUUUGACACAUCAACUUUUAAAGCUUAGAUUGAAACAUAUUUUGGUAUUCACUUGUUACGGCUCUCUUUACAAUCUUUUACGGAGAACGUUUCAGCGUGGCUAUUGUACAAACACCAUGAAGCUGCCGUGAAGAUUCCCAGUUACUUUUGUUUUUCUAUUCUCAUUUUUUCAUUCUUGUUCUCCAUUUUCUUUAUAUGCAUUUGAACUUCCAUAUUGUUAAAAUAGUCGCUGGUUUUCACUAAUACUGAAUAUCCUUGCUUUUAUUUGCAAUGUUAUACAGUGGUGAUGUGUCAAUGUAAUGGUACAACAGACUGAUAACAUCCUUCUACUAGCAGAUUGCAUACAGAUUUGAGUAUAGAGUUUUCUCCUGUGUUUUCCUUGGUUUGCACUUGGUGUUUCUCUUGCAACUUGAACAUUGUUUUAUAUUACAAUAAAUCUAUAUAUUUUUCUACCUAU